ACCUAUUUGUUUAUAAUUUAUGACUUCAUUUUUGUUUUGUCAAAUGAAUUCUAGCAUAAUGUACCAAACAUCUAAACUGGGGUUUUCUAACAUAUAAUUUAGGACAAUUUAAUUUCUAAUUCAGUUUUGAAUAGAAAUGGUUCUGUUUUAGCUAUGAUAGAAAUCCGGGACACUCGUGUAUGUUCAUAGUUCUUAGUAGGGAUCGAGCAGAAGGUGCAUCAAUUUUUAGUAGCUUAUCUGAUUUGGUUCUGAUCGAAAUGUAGAUGGUUGGCAUAAAGAGGUCAUAUCCCUUCUCUAUGGAAACUCCUCCAGCCCCUUCUUUCCUGGGAAAAAUUCAUCACGGCCAUCUAAUUACCAUAUCGGGUUCAGAUGAAUCCUGUUCAUGUAGCAACAGAUGCACUACACAGAUGGAGCCAAGCAUAAAAAUAUACAGCAGAGAGUGCCCUUCAACCCCAAUUCCUCUCCCUGAACGAAAUCCAAGUGAACUAAUCAGAGAAAAUAGAGGACUGAGUGGAGAUUUUCUCACAUUGGCUCCUCCUUCAGCUGCAGCUUCUUCCUCUCUUCUGAACUCAAAACAUAAGGGCCAGCACGGGCAAGACUUAUCUGAUUCUGAAUACUUUCACUGUCAGGAAAGUGCCAAAGAUCCGAACCAAAGUUUGAUGGAACAACCGCCUUUUACCUUUUUCCCGUCCAAUGUACAAAUCGGACAAGGAACAACCUAUGUCGACAAUGGAAAUGGAGAAAAACAAGUAGCAAUCGAUCUCAAUCUAAAGCUAUAGUCUUGCUCAAGUCUUAUGGUAAUCUUAUCCGUGCAAGUGUAUGAUGUCUCCAUUAAAUGGCUUGAGUUUGUCCUUUUCAAGUUUUCGCGAUUUACAUUGGUAAUAUGGAGCUGAAUAUGUAAGAUUGAUCCUUAAAAUGAUGAAAUGUUGGUAUUAAUAGGAAAAAGAUAGUGAGAGGAAGAGUAAAUCUUGUUUGUUUAAAGCUAUGGAAAAGCAAAUUUGGUGGUGGCUCUACCAAACCUUUUGAUGUUUUCUGUUUCAUUUACUUGGUUGGUAGUAUUGGCAACAAACUA